AGCGAGGGACAGCAUGUCGGGCAGAGGCAAAGGCGGGAAGGGGCUCGGCAAAGGUGGCGCCAAGCGCCACCGCAAGGUGCUGCGCGACAACAUCCAGGGCAUCACCAAGCCGGCCAUCCGCCGCCUGGCUCGGCGCGGCGGCGUCAAGCGCAUCUCGGGGCUCAUCUACGAGGAGACGCGCGGCGUGCUGAAGGUCUUCCUGGAGAACGUCAUCCGCGACGCCGUCACCUACACCGAGCACGCCAAGAGGAAGACGGUGACGGCCAUGGACGUGGUCUACGCCCUCAAGCGCCAGGGACGCACCCUCUACGGCUUCGGCGGCUAAACCCAACUUUUUGCUGCCGAAUCACCUCGAGAAACGAACCCAAAGGCUCUUCUAAGAGCCACCCACUUAAACUAAAAAAGAGCUGAGUUGCUUCAAAGCUGGUAAAAAAAACCGGUUUUAAACUAACGUAUAAGUUACAAUUAGUUUUUGUCGGUUAUUGUUUUAAGAAAAAUUCUUUGUUAAUCAUUUCUUGACUAAAUAUUAAUAACGUUUCGGGGGCCCAUCUUGCAUAAAGAGAGGAGGGGACAUAGUCGUUCUUUUAAUAUAGGUUUAGGACCUUUUUUUUCAGGUCUCUGUAAAAGCAAAACGAGUAGCAAAGCACUCUAAACUUCGAAGUCCUGAUCCGAGGUGACCUGUUUUAGAGGCAUGUCAUCUUUUUUUAAAUUAAAAUGGUGGAAGUAGA